GUUUAGUACUCUGUGGAGCCAUCCGUGUAGCCACAUGUCCGUGGCUAUCGUCUCGCCGUGUGAUAAGUUUUAUCUCUCCAAAACACCUCUUUCGUUUUACCCAAUCGAAAUUAUGGCUCUUCCUCAUUUUAACUGUACACCCGUUUUCGCGUUCGUGUGUUCAAGUGCGUGAAAAGUUCAAUCAAGUUCGUCCCGUUUUUAAAAUCCCAAGGAUCGGUCCUUCUAAUCCAACAGUGCGCGUGCAUAUUACUGUUUACCGCUGUGAAGGAGGAAUAUAUUUUAUUGUCAUAAUACACUCAAGUGAAAAUGUGUCGGAUGAUUCGGUUUUAACUUCAAUCGUGUUAAUUGCAUGUACUGGAUUGAAGACAUGCGGCAUUUUCAACGGACGGCCGGUUCGAUCCUCGCCGUGUUUUGAUUCGUCCAGGAUGUUUUUGAUAACGAAUUGCAAGAGGUCGAAUAGUGUUUUUAACACGUGCUUCAUGACAAUCCCGACUGAAACGCUGAAAUCAUCUCCAAAUGCCUGUCGCAUCUACUUCGGAUGAAAAUUGUUCGGUGUGUGGAAACUAAGCUGGAAUUUUGAUAGUCGUUCGAGUGCGGGAUUUUUUAACCAAGUUCGCAAAUCAAACGAGAGUGAUAACACAAAUUUUUAAUCAAAAGUUCGCGUAUUGUUUGAAAUUCGUCACCAUGACUUCGAAUCGACGGAGACCGUUGAUAUUGAGAUUGAUUGGCUAUCGUAAAUCAAUUAACUUUCGGUUGAUAAUGUAAUCUAUCCGAUCCGCUCAAUGAGUUUUUCAUCAUGUACAAGUGACAUAAAGUGGUUUUUAUAAUGUGAUCGAAUGAAAAUAAUUCAUACUUAACGUUCCGGGGCUAAAUCCCCAUUCGUGACUUGUUUAAGCGAAAGUCUUUUUCGCUUUUUGUUCUUUCGGCCAGUGAUAAUCUCCCGUGCGGGAAUUUCAAGCCGGUUUCCGUCGAAGUGCUUCCGGAUAAAUGUGUAUUUCAAUUUAGAUAAUUUCCCAAUUUUAAGAAAAAUCAAUUAGUGUCAAUUAUGGAGAACGAUAAUCUAAUUUGUGAAAGUAGACUUUCUAGGACUUGGCCUAGCUUAGGUGAUUUUGUUCAAAUUGUUUUAGCCAGCAUUUCAAGGUUCUACCGAUUUUUAGCCAGAUUUUCAGGGCGAAGACGCAGGUCGGGCUUAAAAGCAGCCCCGUGCAGUAUGCGUUUGGCGUUGCCUUAUUUUGUGUUACUAGUCUUUUCUUAUUUAGCUGCUAUUACAGAUGCAUGUUCCAGUCGGUCGACGCCAAAACCAAGGCCUCCUCUGCCUACAGCCAGGCCUAAUAUAACUUUCGAUACGUACGUGUGUCCACCAAAUUACGCUAAAGAGUACUGUCUCAGUGGUGGAACUUGUUUUACUGUAAAAAUAGGCGAAUCAAUUUUAUUCAACUGCGAAUGCGCUGAUGGUUUCAUGGGGCAAAGAUGCGAAUUCAAGGACUUAGAGGGGUCCUACUUGCCAACGAGAAAAGCUGUGCUUUUGGAAACUGCAAGUAUAGCAUCUGGAGCAACGAUUGCUGUCUUACUAGUCGUGUUUGCUGGUGUAUCCAUGUAUAUACAUAUACAACGACGACACAAACAACAACGCCUAGCAGCAGGCACUUGUUGUGUGGAUGGGAGUGGCGGUGACAUUGAAAGGCGACUACCAUUUGCCCGACGAUGCAAUUCAGCACCUCUUACCAAAAUUCCUCGAGCGAAUCUGCAUAGUCAGAGAGCAGCUGUCUUGUCCUCUGCAGAGAAGGGAGACUGCGUGACAUCAUCUGUAUACAUUUCAGUUGACCUUAUCCCACCCAGGGUACAACCUUCCUUACAGACAGCGCCAUUACAUGCGCCCUCUCGAUCCGCUCCUACGAUAACAUCACCUGACCCUCAAUCUCAACGGCACAUAGUUGAAUGCUAGGCAUUGUUUUGCUGUUUUCUUAUGUUUAACUAAAUGAAAGCCUAAAAUACUUAACUUAUUGUCCUUGUAAAUAUCAUAAAUAUUUUUUGUGCAUAGGAGAUCUUUCGGCCUCUUUGUUGCAGAUUGAUGGCUGAAUGAAAGACAAAAAUUUAAAUGUUAUUGAGACCUAAUUAUUGGACUGUUAUAUCUGUUAUUAAUUAUUUAAUUAUCAUUAGAUAUUACUAUUUCUUUGCUAUCUCUCUCAUUUUAUAGUUUUUUAUUGAUGUAAUUAUGUAUUAGGUAUAAUUAGUUAUUGUAUUUUAUUUUGGUUUUUGAUUUUUAUUUGAUUUAUUAUCCUUAGUAGAUACCCUAGAUUAUUAUCAUUCUAUCUCCAUUAAGACUGUUAAUAACCAUCCAUGUUCAACCUUGCAUUGAGCUACCUACUUCAUGUGCAUAUUGUUUGUCUAUGUUCACUCUUCCCAUAUUCUAGCGACCUCUAAGAAUUCAUGUAAGAAAAUAAGAAAAAUUUGCAUGUUUUAUCUGUCAGAAUUGUUUCUUUAAGUGCAGGGAUCUCCCAACAUCAUAGAAUCUUCACGUAAAGCCAUUAUGAUUGUUGCAAAGAUGUUUACAUCUGUGAGUAUACCUGCAUCGCUGAGAUUUCAUGUUAGUCAAAUUUAAAGAGAAUUGCAUCAGUUUCAUUCUGCAAAAUUACUGCGGACCUUCUUUUCAUCAUUGCUCUUUCUGCGUGGAGAGAAAGAAAACAGUUGAAUUUCAUGCGUCUCGUAUUUCAUUAAUCUCCACAAGAAUGUAAAAUCAAAUUUACUAUAAAUAAUAAUUCAAAGCAAUUUCUACAUGUACGCACAAUGAUCCCACCCCUUCCUAUUCCAUUUAAUAUUAAGAAAUAAAUUUAUUCUCCUCUAAUAUAAGCAUCACUUCUAAUGUGAAAUCUUAAGAUAAUUAUUUAUUUAUUUUUUUUAUCUUCAAUUAAAGUUAGCAGAAUGUAAGCUUUACAGAUAUGUUUAGUGAAAUUCAGGAUUAAUAAUACAUGCUGGGUGACUUGAAGGAACAAUGAUUUGACGAUAAUUUGUAUUCUAUAACAGAUUCAGUCGCGUUGACAAUAAUUUAUUUGAGCUGUAUUAAUUAUAUUGAAGUUGUUCUGACAAUAAUUUGUUAAAUUAGUUUUGACAGUUCUGAAUCAGGAGAGAUUGUGGACAGUUCAUAUUUCGCCUACCGCAGAAGCUAAGUAGCUUCAUCUUUUGCAUAUUUUAGGAAAUUUUAUGUUUUAAAGCUGAAGUUUUGAUAUUAAAAUAUAAAAUGUUGCUUUUUUACAAAUUUUAGAAUUGUUUCUCUUGAAUAUUAAAUCUUAUGGUUGUUAUCAUUCUAAAAUUUUCUCAAUCAUAAGGAAUUUUUCGAAACCAAAAUUGUUCAAAACAAAAUUACUUUAUUGCGCCUUAUUUUGUCAUGAGAAAUUUCCCAUGCUGUGUUUGAUGAAGUUGAAAAAAUUUAAGACUUCAGAUUUUAUUAAAUUUUUUUUUUUAUCCAGGUAGUCAUAUUAGCCAUUUAAAAUCCUUCAAUAUCAUUUGUUUCCUUUAGAAUAUAAAUGGUUGCAAUGUUUUCAAACAAACUUUAUUUCAGUACUUUGUGGUAAAAAAAAAAAAAAAAAAAUGAAAGUAAAAGUGUUAUCAUAAUAACCUCUGGAAUGUUUAAGUCUUGUUUUUUGGUGGGAGGGGGGAUGGUACGAUUGUCAUUUUAGACAGUAAUCAGAACUCAAAUCUCAGCUGUCAUAACAGCACAGAUAUUCCUUCAUUUGUACAUUUGACACAGCAGCAAACUCAAAAAAAGGUUGCAAACUUUUACUUGAAGGUGAUUUAUGGAACUGCAAGGUUUAAAUUUUAGUUGUAUUUCUGUAGCUUCAUCUUGUCUCAAUAACUCUUGUAGAUCAUUGAAUUUGAUCGCUAGCUCAAAAUAGAAUAGAUGGAGUUCUCUGUGCUCCACUUUCAUUAGUUUUUAGAUCAUUUUUCACUUACAUUGUUAAAUCAAACCUAAUUUAUCCAAUUCAGCUCUGAAAAAACAAGAAUAAUAAUUCUUUUAUCCUCUUUAAGGGUAACAAAAGUUUUACAAACUUUAUUUUAAUUGUAUUCUGAGCCAGAUUUCUUCGCAUUUUAAAAAUCAAGAGUAGUUUUUAAUUUUCAACAUGUAUGCAUCAAGAAAGUAUGCGAUUACUUUGUCAGUUUGUUUUUUUAAUCCUUGUUCGACUUCAUGAAAUUCAAACUGUCAGGAGAUUUGGAAAAGGUGCUACUUAGAGUGAAUUUCAAAAUUCUGGCAUAAGUAAUUUACAUGUGAUUAAAGUAAUUAUGUUUCAACUUUAAGUCGUAUAAGUAGCUUUAGUCCAAGUACUAAUUAUUUUGAAAUAAUAGGCUGAAGAUGCAAAGGUUUUGUCUCUUUUCUCUCUUAGGGUUCAAAAAACGUAAUUUUUGCCAAUCCAGUGCUCUUUCGUGUAAAUUUGCGUUAACUUUCUUUUCCUCUCAGCAGCAUCUAUUUUACAAUCAUUGAGCUGCAUUGGCCAUCUUGAAACAUUUUAUGAAUGAUAUUUCUCAAGUCAUCCAAUAACUAAAAUAUUUCUAGUCCUCCAUUAUCAAACAGUACUAAUUUGUUUGAUACUUAUUAGAAUAACCAGAAGGAAGUAAUAGAGACCAGCAGUUUGAAGUACCAAAGCAAAGCAUCUAAUAUUAGUUUGUGUUGGUCUCUUAGUCAGAGCGAAUUGCAAAUUUCCAUUCCUGCAGGGGUGUGAUUCUAUCAGUUGCUUCAACAAAUAUAUCUUUGCCCUUUUAAGUGUUUCUGUGAAAAUGUUCAGAAGUGUUUCAGAAUACAUCAUUUAAUUCUAUUUCUCAUUUGGAAAUUCUUGAGGAAAAGAGGGUAUUAAUAGUAGCAGAUCAAGUCAUCUUUAUACCCAUAAUUAAAUGCCACAAAAAGCGAUUUUGGAACCAAACUUAAUGAGAAAGUUAGUUUAAGUAUUUUAUUGUUGUUGUUUUUAUGCGAUAGGUGAUUAUUAUUACUAUUAGAAUUAUUAUUACCGCGACUACCGUUACUCUCCCGCUUAUCAACUUUUUUUUAUAACUUUUAUUGCAUAAUCAUUAACAUUCCCUGUAAUUAUUAUUACCUAAAUUGUUUGUAAAGUGUACAAUUGUAUGAUUAAAAUGCACAGAAAGAUGUAUAUUUUAUUCCAACUAUGUAAGAAGCGUUCUUAAAAAUGUGCCGGUGGGCAGUAUACCCCCUUCUUGUACAUUGUAGCAGUCCCUAUUUUCCUAAAAUUUGCAUGUGAUGUUUCAGUUUUCAGUGGUCCGUUAGUUACAAUUUCUGUUAGGACAAAAAAUAAAAACGAUUAAUUAAAGCAAAAGUUCUGUAUGGUGCAUUUAUUUUUUCAAGCUGGUCUUCAUUAAGUACUAGCUUUAUUGCAAAACUUUAUAUUAAUUCGCUGCCAACAGCCACUAUUUUAAAGAUCAUCAUCUUUCAAAUGCUACUCUUCAUUUGUCCUCAAUAUUGCUGCUGUAAAUUUUUCAUUAAGAAGAUUUUUGCUAAGAAAAUGUUAACUGUCACAAGCUCAAAAACUUCUCACCCAUGGCCCAAAAUAAUUUUCAUCAUUCUUUGUAAGUAGGCUUACUAGUUCUUUUAUUUCAGUGCAUGCAAGUGUUUUCAAAACUAUGCAGUAAAUUAAUACGCUUCUUCCUCUUAUGAUGCUUUUGCAGUCAGUCCCAGGUAGGUCUUUUCUCUCAAUAUCAAGAUUCUGAAAAGACGUGGGUGUUGAAAUCAAUUUUUGUAUCUGAAUUUUAUUUGUAGUUGUUCUGAUAGUAACAAAUGCACUAAAAAUUUAACAUUAAAAAAAAAAACAGUGGACAAAACAACAAUACAAGCAUCUUUAUCAUUGAAAUGGAAAAUUAUUGAGCUGAAGUUCGAAAAUUUUUUCUUUUUUUUAAGACUUGAAAAUUAUUUUCGUAAAAUUUUAAUCCAUCACCAUGAUAACGUUUUCUAUUAAAAAUGAAGGCAUUGAAAAAAAAUUAAAAGCUUCAAAUGCAGGGAACAACAUUAAUACCUAAACAUUUUGAAAGAUAAAGAAAACACCCUUUCGUAAGUUGAGGAUAGCAAAAUCUCUCAAAAUAAUUUCAAUCGCCUUGAAACUGAACAUUAUCAUGUUUUCAGAAUAAAUUAGAAUCAGACUUCCAAAUGACUCAUUCAAGCUAAUGCCGUAUUCGUAGGGCAACUGUGCGAGUGCGAAAGAAGAGCGCCAUCUACAUUUUCAUACAUGAAUUACAUGGAAGGAUAAAGAUGACAGAUCUUUCGUCGUUCUCCUAAGGUUUAAUAACUUACUUGGCGCAAACUCUACUCUAUUUUAAACUUCACUAUCUUUUUUCAGGCUUGAUAAAUUAAAACUAUCCAGUAACGUCAACUGAAUGAAAUUGUUGAUCAUUAGCUGUUCUUCUUGAACUUUUGUUUCAAUUAAUUGAUUUUUUGUCUGAUUCAGUAUUUUUUAUUUCUUUCAACCCACUAAGUUGUCCUUAUAUGGUAUCAGAUCUCGAUGUUUUCCCUUAGCUUUAGAUGUGUUAGUUACGUUUAGAGGCUGUGAAGCCUUUACGUCUAACCUCAGAAAAGGACUUGAUAUUGUGCAUUUUUUUACUUUCCAUUAAAACUCUCCACAAAGAACUGAGUUCCUAUACAGGCAUCACGAGAGAAUUAAUGUUUUUCUUUAUACCAAAAAAGUUUCUGUACAGUUUAGGAGACAUAAUUUCUCAAACAUAUUGAGAUUUUUCUGAACUUUUUAAAUUAAGUUUUACAAGUGUGCUUGAACUAUAAAGGAAACCUGUUGCACUCAAGAGCUGAAUUUAAAAAUACUUGAUAGAGACAAAUUGAGGUGUAGUAAGUUAAAAAAGGCCUACAAUUUUCUACCACGUUCUCAGGAUAAUAAGUAGAUGACAGUCAUAUUGGCAUAUUCUAGAUGCACUGUUAGUAUGAGUCAAAAAUACUUCAUCUGUACAGAUAUUUUUAGAAUUCAUUUCUUCACUUUAAUGAUGAGAUUUCAAAUCAAGUUAUAUGUUCAUUUAAAUGUCGAUAUAUGAGUAGCAGGAAAUGAGAUUUCUUAAUGAAAACAUUCUGUUUUUUAUCUCAAGGAAUUCUGAUACUUAGGAUUUAUAAAUUUGUUAUGUAUCUAGAAUGAAACUGAAUAACCACAUUUCUGCAAUAAGCAAUAAUGCUUUUAUGUCACAUCCAAUCAAUUUUUAUGAAGGAAGCAAUUAAUGACAAUUCCCUGGGACCCAAUGUGACUUCAAUACAAUUCUUCUGAAGUUUUUUCUAAAAUUUUGUGUAAAAAAAUUUGAAAGAACGGGCAAUUUCAACAAAAAUUUUCAUUUUAGAGGACAGCAAGUUUCCUGAAGUUCCAAGAACUGUUGACUAGAGAGGUUUAGAACUUAAAAUUAGACUUGUCUGAUAGUCCAUCAGCUAAACUUCUAGCAUUUAUUUUUUGUAAAUGCAGCGACUUCUUUCUCCCCCACUGAGUUGUGCUCACAUCUAAAAGAUCUGUCACCUAAUCCCUCAAAAACGAUUUGCUGCUCUGAAGGCAUAACUUGAUGAGAACAUCCUGAUUUAGGUGAGUGAAAGAGUUUAUCGUGCUCUCAUGAUAUGCCCAAGUCUUUAAUUUGCAUUUGUGACUCACAUUAGCAAGUAAAACUCUCAGUCAAUAUUUUAUCCUAUUAUGAACUUUUAAGAAGAACAUUAGUUAGUUUUCCUUAAAGUAUGCUUACCUCACCUCAUUAACUUUAAUAAUUAUGAUAGUUAUUAACCCUGUUAAACUUUGGUAGUAGGGACCUGUUCAUAAAUACCAUGGAAUACCUGAUAGUUAGACAUUAAAUCUUUCAGUUGAGCCAGCUGUAAAAGUGCAUAAUCAUGGCUGAGAAAGUUGUCAGAAAUGUGUGCCCAAGUCACGGUGACUUGGAUGGUAUUUUGGAAGGAGUUCUUACCACCAAUUUUUGCCAGGGAAAACAGUCGCUAGUCAGAUAUGUAGUUUUGUUAUUAAGUCAAACAGUAUUUUUGCUCAUUUCAUGUAUUCGUAUUUGGUUCCUAAUAUUUAGUUAUUAUGAUUGCUAUCAAUAUAGCUGUGGCAGGCAGAACAUCUGAUUAGUCCAUUCCGUCACUCUACAGCUGCUUUAAUUUUUAACGUUUACCCUGUGUAUUAAAACUUCCAUCAACAAAUUAACUCCUUUGAAAUUCCACUAAUGCUCAAUGAGCUUCAAUUUUCAGGGAUACUCAUAAACUGAAAUCAGUCCAUUUUGGUAAUUAUACUGUAGAUGGAAUAAUACGCGUCUGAACCUGUUUUCUUUCUUAAACGGUAGUCUAUCAUUUUCAUCUUAUCUAAAUUUGCCUACCUGCAUUAUUUUGAUAGCUCUUUACUUAACAUUAUUUGCUGCAAAUUGAACAGCAAAUGUUUUUACUAGAUUUGUAUCAGCUUAUCUCUCUAUAUAUAUUUGUACAGAGUGAAAUGUUAUUUUUAUUUAUUUUUAUUCAAUUCAAUUUUAUGUAAAUACAGAUGAUUGCAUAAAUAUGAUUAUUUAUGUAGGUACCUAUGCUUGUGCAUAUUUUCAAAUAUGUAGAUAGAUUAUUUAAUUAAUUCAAUUAAAUAUAAUUUUAUCGAAGCCA